GCUCAACACACAGACCACAUACCGGAAAAUGACGACACGGAAAGUUGCGCCGGCAACCACAAGUGCAAAAUGAGGCAUUCAGAUUGUACACGUGGCGGCCAACGCCCAACUAUAUAAACACCAUCCACUCCUUCUCCGGUUUUCCGCCUCGAACCAUCAAGUUCUCCGACUACCUCUGACCUUCCUCCGCAGCCAUGGCUAUCCAGGCGUGGUUCAUGGACGAAUCCAGCGAAGACCAACGCCUCCCUCACCGCCGGAACCCCGACGAGCCCGUUUCAAUUGACUACUUGGCAGAAUUGGGAGUUUUGUACUGGAAACUGAACCCUAAAAAGUACGAAGACGACGAGGAAUUGAACGACAUUAGGCAAGCCAGGGGAUACAAUUACAUGGAUAUGCUUGAUCUGUGCCCGGAGAAGGUCGCCAAUUAUGAGGAGAAGCUCAAGAACUUCUACACGGAGCACAUUCAUGGCGACGAGGAGAUUCGUUACUGCUUGGAAGGAAGCGGCUACUUUGAUGUUCGUGACAAGAAGGACAGGUGGAUUCGAAUUUGGAUCAAGCCUGGGGAUCUCAUCAUUUUGCCUGCUGGAAUCUACCACAGAUUCACACUUGACACCACCGAUUACAUCAAGGUACUAGUAAUGGUGGAAAGAUCAGAGCUUUUAUAUGGCUAUAAACUGUCUUUCUUCAAACUGUUUGUGCUUUGCCUGAUUGGUUUUGAAAGAUUUCUUUCUGAUGGUUGUAGUUGAUGAGACUGUUCAUUGGAGAGCCAGUUUGGACAGCAUACAACCGGCCCCAGGAAGAGCAUCCGGCAAGGCAGGGUUACGUCGAAAGCAUCAACUCUUAUGGAGUGGCACAACCAGCUCAUUGAUUGCCUGUAUCAGCAAAUUACUAAUGUAAUGGAAUGGGAAUGGAGACUUGUAUGUAUAUUGUGUAGGGCUAUAAGCAAUAAGAAGGAAGCUCGUUCUUCUGGGGUUUCCAUGAUCAGGCUCUGAAGUAGUUGUUCAUUAUCUAAAUGCUUUCAGUCACAAAAACUCCGCAGUUGUAAGCUCAAUGGGACUGGUAUCCCCGGCUCUAAUCGAGUGGCACAACUAGCUCAUUGAUAGCAUGUAUUGGCGAACUACAAACGCAAUCGAGUCGGAAUGGAGAUUUGUAUGUAUAUUGUAUAAGGCUAUAAGCAAUAAGAAGGCUCGUUCUUCUGGUUUUACAUGAUCAGCGUCUGAAGUAGUAGUCGUUCAUUAACUAAAAGCUUGAGUCAUAAAAACUCAGCUGUUGUAAGCUCGAUUGGACCGGUAUCCCCAGCUCUAAUCGCCUUCAAAUCAUCGCUAUCCCCUUCCAUGUAUGCCCUCAUAAACCCUACCAUAGCUCCUGCAACAAACCUUCUCAUGGGCUCUCUGGAUUCCCCAUUCUUGCACAAGCAGUAGCUGACUUUCCCUCUAACCCCUCUAGUCUCAUCAUCCAACAUAUCCAAAUGUCCAUAGUCUUUCACCACAAAGUAACAGGCUGGUUCUCUACAUUCCCUGAAGAACUGCUCAUGGUUCACACCCUUUGGUGCACAAGCAGGGAACAACGGGUUCCUUCGCAACUCGCCCAGUCCGGAACCAAUCACCAUGACCGGCAUAUCCAGAUCGAACGAACCAGGAACGUAGGACAGCACGGGAGGAUGGGUUUGCUUCCCUGUGUCCAUUCCAUCAACUGGGUCGACUCCAAUCAGGACUGAGAAUCUCAGUGUAGUAGUAGUUGCCAAUUCCUUCUUCAAGGCCAGGGCAAAAGCAGUUUUCCCACCUCGGCUAUGACCGGCCAGACCGAGCCUGGUAAGGUCCGGUUUGACCAACUCAGGAAGGAAUUGUUGCAAUCCUCCCGCUAACCAGUUGGUAAUUGCAGCCGCUAAGUUGAUCUCUUCUGUUGCAUCAGGUCCCGCUACUGUGUACAGCUGAGGGGCGACGACGAUGAAGCCAUGAGAGGCGACGUGUUGGAUGAGCUGAGAGUAGAAGUUGUUGGAGAGGAGGAAGCCAUGGAGGAACAUGAGAACUGGGAAUUCCCCUGCUUCAGUUGGAGAGGCAAUCAAGAGCGGCUUUGGUGGGGGAGAAGGGAUUGGCCUGGUCUUGGUGCGACAUGGAGGUGGUGGGUUUAGGUUUUGGAGGUGGGUCUUGUAGCUGCCACUCUGAAACACUUCUGUGCUGGUUGCCGGAGCUACAGUGGAAGACAUUACAGGCGCUGCUGGACUGUGGUUUCUUUUCUGGGUUUUGUUCUGCAGUUGCUGUUAUUGCUUUUGCGUUGAUGGAGCUGUAGUUUCCUUUGCCAUUAAGUCUUUGGAAGAUUUUUGUCGAGUAAUGGAUGAAGAUGAGGUGAAACUGUGUGGUCUUUGUGGCUGUACUUGUCUGGAUUGUAUUGGUGAAGUGAAAGAGAGCACCCGAGAGUGUUUUCGUCU